AUGACAUCAAUAAUAAUAACAUCGACACCAAUAACAUCAUCAAUAAUGACACCAAUAACACUCAACAACAUCAUCAAUAAUAACAUCAAUAACAUGCUGGCUGGUACUCAAUGACUGCACUGGAACUGCCUCAUAAUAAUAAUAAUCCUAAACUUGGCACCAUAAACACUGCACUGUCUGAAGUGGUUAUGGUACCAGGGCUGAAUAGACUGCUGCUUGUAAUGUAAUAAUCUUAAAGGAGCUGUCCUGGCACCAUAAACACUGCACUGUCUGAAGUGGUUAUGGUACCAGGGCUGAAUAGGCUGCUGCUUGUAAUGUAAUAAUCUGAAAGGAGCUGUCAUGGCACCAUAAACACUGCACUGUCUGAAGUGGUUAUGGUACUAGGGCUGAAUAGGCUGCUGCUUGUAAUGUAAUAAUCUUAAAGGAGCUGUCAUGGCACCAUAAACACUGCACUGUCUGAAGUCGUUAUGGUACCAGGGCUGAAUAGACUGCUGCUUGUAAUGUAAUAACCUUAAAGGAGCUGUCAUGGCACCAUAAGCACUGCACUCCCUGAAGUGGUUAUGGUACCAGGUCUGAAUAGGCUGCUGCUUGUAAUGUUUGUAAUUAUAUUAAAGGAGCUAUCUUGACACCAUAAACACUGCAGCUCCCUGAAGUGGUUAUGGUGCCAGGGCCAAAUAGGUUGAUUUUCAGCGCUUGAACAAAUUCUAGCAUUUUACAAUUCAUAUUCCAUCUCGCUGCUGUUCUGACUUAAGUAUAAUCACAGGAUCCUCCAUAGACAUCCGUUUAGUUCUCUUGCGCAUGCAGGAGAAUGCAGCCCAGGCAGCUGAAGUGCCAUGAGCUGAAUCUAGAAUGUCACCAUUAGCAAGGCACACGGUUUUCUAUUUGUUUAUUCUUGUGUCUGUUAUUGGCAUAUAAUUCAUUAUUUUUUUUUCUUCUUAAAGAGGUGGAACCUAAUUUUUUUCCCUUCUUUUAAAUUUAUAGGUGAAUAAGCUUGGACAGAUUGCUGUCAGUAAGUACUUGUGGGAAAAUUAUUUUCAGUUGUGAAAAGUAAGAAAUCUGUGUUUUUAAGGAGAUGUAGCCUGUAAAUAUAAGUUACAACAUAAACAAAAUAUACUAGCUGGAAAAGUAUUAAAAUGAAAAAAAAAUAAAAAAAAAAUAUAUAUAUAUAAAUAUUGAAUAUCACUCUCAAUAAAGUGAGCUGCUUCACAACAAGUAUGAGCGACUAGAGGAAUGAAAUAUCAAAGAUAUAAAGUAGUGGGAGCGCUCCAAUCACAUAGAUAGCAUAAUAAAACCAACUGCUCCAGCAAUGAAAGGGUUUAUUAGAUGUAUGUAGUAAACCUGAUACCUUCAGUGUAAUGAAAAAUAUUUGUAAAUCAAGCCCCUGCUAAAAGGUGCCACACUACAUAUAACAUAAUCCGUUGAACUAAAUAAGGCAACUCAUAAGAUGCCUUUUAUUAAAAAGAAAACAUGAAACAAUGUAUAACACUUUAUAGAACUUUAUCAAAAGUAGCUAAAAAUGCACGCUUCAAUAUCAUAAAGUAGCCUCCUAAGCAGAGACAUCAAUAGCCAAUAAAAGAGUAAACGUUUUGGUGCUUGUAGUCCUUUAACUAUUAUGGCACAUUUAUCUGGUAUAAGGUGUAGUUUCAAACUUUUAAAAUUCAGACAUCACACCAGAUAGAAUAUUUGCUUACUGCAAAAUAAUUAUUUUGGCACUAAUGGGAGACAUAAUUAAAAUAUUUUUUUGUUAAAUGUUCUUCUUAGAAUUAGAUUUAUUAUUAUAAUUUUUUUUUUUUUUUUUUGAAGUUGCACAUACAAAUGUGUCUGUUUUUGUAGAGUUCUCUGAUUCACUGUUUAGGUAUAUAACAAGAGAACACAUGCAGCUUGAGUUGAAGUUGGCAGACACCAAACUGCCAGAGUUUGUGCUAGGACCUUCCCACAUCUAAAUAUAUUAAUGUACUCUGCAUUUCUUACUGUUUGUAGGCAAUGCACUUCCAGAAAGUAUCAGCUGCCUGGCAGCAGACAGAAUGCUUGUGUUUGCAUCAUAUGGAAACAUUCUCACGGCAUUUGCAAGGAACAAAGAGGUCUGUAUAUACCUAUCUGUUUAGAAAAACACUUUUGAUUAUAUGAAAUAAUCAUUUAUGUAAUGUACGUUGUAGCUCUAAAACAUCUCAGCAUUUACCUUCAGAAAAAUAAUGAAAAUGUCACCUGUUUUUUUUUCCCAUUCAUAUUAUCCCUGAUUUAUAUAAAAAUGCAGUUGUCUUUUAUUUUUCCUCAUUUAUCAAUUUAUUAUUCACCAUGACACUUUAGUGUAACUUGUGGUUAGUUUAACUUUACACCAAUAAUGUAUAUGUACAGAUCAUAGGCUUCAAGGGACGAUCAGCAUUCUCUCAUCCACUUUAUUUUAAUGUCCUCACCACGGAUUCUGUUAAAGUAAGACAGCAUGCAUUCGUUUGAUAUGUGACUCCCUUUGUCCCACAAACAGGGUUUAAGGCACUUGGACAUCCAGACAAUUUAUAUAAAUCAUAGUUUGACUAUUUUAACCUUUAUUUUGAGCAGAUUCUGCUCCUCCCCACGUCUUUUAUUUUUCCAUGCAUAAUUUAGUUAUUAGUUGAAUAAUUUCAUACCUAAGGUUUUUUAUUUUACACAAACCUUACUUGUAAUCAUUGUGUAAUCCCCAAGAGCUACCUUGCAAUCCAAUAUCCCUCCAUCAAUUUCUGGCUGAUUCAAAUGCAAUUAUAUUAACAGAAAAUACUAUUCCAUUUGUUAACACGUAUGGGUUUUUAUUUAUUUUAACAAUGCUGCUUUCAGGUGGUUCACACCUACAAGGGCCAUGAAGCUGAAAUUCACCUGGUGCAGCCCUUUGGUGAUCACGUGAUCUCGAUUGACGCAAAUAAUGUUAUAAUAAUCUGGGACGUCAAAACAGAAGGUAUGGAACACACAAACUAUCUUAUAUUUUUAUUCUGUUUAGUUUUCCUUUCUUUUAACUUUCUCCAUCCCCCUGUAUUUUCAGACUAGCCUGUGUAGUCGCGGUAUGCACUGCUUAUACUGAUUCAGUAUUCUAUUUAUUCCGUUCUAUCAUGGGUGACAAGUAUUUAUAUGUUUUAUUCUGAUAGAGGAAUACCUCCAGUUGUCCUUCGAUAAGAGUAAUUUCACAGUUUCUGCGAUAAUGCAUCCAAGCACAUACUUGAAUAAAAUUCUUCUCGGCAGCCAGCAAGGGAGUCUUCAGCUGUGGAACGUCAAAACCAAGUAAGCAAAAUGCAGCGUUGUAACAGAUUGAAUUUUAAAUAUGUAUCACGGAUGCAAAGCUUGCAGAAUAUUUAAAAAUUUAUUUUUUUUAUUAACAAUUGCUGUUGUGUACAAUGAACAGUUACAUUGUAGAAGACUCUGGUCAUUGCGGUGGUGGUGAUGUCUUGGCUAUAGUUCUUCAUUUAUAUUCCCGUAAGGAUAGAGCAAAUUAAGUCAAUAAUUGAACCCUGGGAUUUAAAUUUCAUCAAUUUUUAUGCACAGUUUUAAUAUACAGUCUGUUGUAAUAGUCUAUAUUAGUAAUUCUUUAAUGUUUAUGCAAAAUAGGUAAAACAGCACUGUUAGCCUCCCCCCACUGACUAUUUCAUAACGAUAACAUUUUUUAUGAAAUACUCACGUUGACAGUGUUUGAAUUUUACUGAAAUUCCAACGUAGUUAAAAGAUAUGCGAAGAUGAAGUAGGGAAUACCUUUUCUUACUAUUUUUCCUGUGCUUGACGAAAGGUGAAGCUACUAUUGACAAGUCUUGUCAUUUGGUUACUAGUGAUGAUUGUAGGGAAAAUAACUCUCUUUCUAUGGAGAAUCCUGCUGUCUUGUGGGAUCCUCCAUAGACCUCAGUGUUUCAUUCUUGCACAUGAACGAGUUUACAUCACUGAUGUGGGCUCCUGGCAGAUGGCGUCAGGACUAAAGAGGACUGUCAGGAAGACCAUGGAGGCCGUGGCCUUUAGGGACAAGUUCAGGUUAGUAUAACUCACCUUCCCCUGUGGCCACCUGACACCUAGCAGAGCAGUCACUGUCGGUGUUCUUUGCGUAUUAUACAUGGACUCAUGACUGUGACAGACCCACUUUAAAGGCACACUCUAACCACUAAAACCACUACAUUUCAUGAGUUGGUUGUGGUACACAGAUAAUGUCCUUUUUCUCCUUCAGCGUAAAACAUUGCCAUAUCUGACAAACAGCAAUGUUUACAUUUGAGAACAUGCUUCUAGGAACUGUCAGAGAGCCACUGCCUCCCUAAGUCUUUUUUUUUUUUUUUUGAAGGUCUUCACAGCUGAACUUGGCUAAUGAUUCUCAUAGAGAAACAUUGCAUCUGCAGGGUGUGGUAAUUACCCCAUAGGUUUUUCAGAGAUGAUCAUGAUUGAUCUCAUUUUAUGCAGCAGACUGCCUUGAUGUUGGAUAACUGAUAUGACUGCUUUUAUUUAACCCCUUUUCACUUUCUUCAUUUCCUCCUCCUCUCCCCACUAAAGUACCAAGUGUCUCUGUCCAUUUGAUCCAGGUGGUGUAUCAGAAAGUAAAAAAAUAAAAGAAAUACUGUGAUGCAUGCACAAAUGUAUCCAAUAGGCGCCAGUGUUUGGCCAUGUAUCUUUUACUUUCCUCCAUAUACUUUAAUUUACAGAUUAAAUAAAUUCAAAGCAAAUCAUGAAAUAAUAAUCUGUAAGUAUCUGUUGUUUUUGCUUUGUUAAUUGAGCUUUAAUCACCCAGGAGGUUGUUGCUGGCAAUUAACAGAGCAAGGGAUAAAAAAAAAAAAUCAAAAUUAAACACUCUGCAAUAAGGGAUGCUAAACGUUUUCAUUGAGGUGCGGUGUGAUUAGGGCUGCAUAACCUUAGGUUAUAUAAGUGGUUUAAUGCCUAAAAGGCAGAGAAUUGAGCAGUGGGACUGAAGGGGUGUGAUGUACACACCAACACCAUCUCCUUCAGCUAAAGUUCUUUUGGUGCUAAGUCAACCUUUUUAAAUAAAGAUUUAAUUUUCUUAAAUGUACAUAGACCUUCUGAUAUAUAGAUGUUGGGUGAAGAUGUUGUUUGUUUUUCUUUUUCAAGCUACUGAAAAACUCACAUGGAAACUACUGUCCUAGAAAUGAUCUGCUUUAACCAUGGAAUCACAAUGUUUAGUUGCCACCUUCUCUUCAGACUACCAAUGCUUAUUUUUUUUUGUUACUUGUAGCAAACUCCUGUUUUCAUUUCCAGGAUGGGAGUCUGGUGUUACCGUCCUUCAACAAGUACGUAAAUCACCUAAUUUCUUGGUUUUAAUGGAAGUCACUUUUUUUAGUAUGAAAAAACAAAUCUAAAAUGAAUCCGUGAAUUUAACUUUUGAAAUAUAUUGCAUAUUUUUAGAAUUCCAACUAAAUUGCAUUUUAAUUCAUUGCAAAAUGAAUGAAGGUGCCUCUGUUUAAUAUACACAUCCUUUUGUUAAAGAUUAAAGGUUAAAGGUUAUUUAGCAGAGGAGGCUAUGGAGGGAGCUAGUUUUGGAGCAUAGAAAGGACAUAAGCACACAAUGUAUAUCCAAUGAAUGUUCCUUUAUAUACAGUUACUAGGCUUAUGUUAUGAUAUGGGGGGAAAGUCAUAUAAUAAUUACAAGCUUUUCCUCUGUGAUUUGGUAGGCACCAGCGCUGGAUGUGGUGGCAAUCGGUCUAACGUCUGGAAAAAUCUUUUUACAUAACAUAAAAUUUGAUGAAACAUUAAUGACAUUUCAGCAAGACUGGGGUCCAAUCACAUCUAUAUCGUUUCGCACAGGUGAGAUUUUUCCUUGAUAUAUAUAUAUAUAUAUAAGGGUUGAAACAUUUUUUAUUUCCUUUACACUGGUCCUUUCCAGAAAAUGAAUUAAGAACUGCACUCGAUCACAUCAUUCUGUGCCAGGGUGCAACUAAAUCUGGACCCAUCACCAGGUCCCAGAUACCAUAUGCAGAAAACACAGAGGUCCAGGCACUCCAAGGUUCAAGUAAGCAAUUUAUUCAAACCCAAUGUCACAUUCCAACUUUUUGACCUACAAGGUCUUUGUCAAAGUUCGAAACGUUGCGGUGUGACAUUGAGUUUGAAUAAAUUGCCUACUUGAACCUUGGAGUACCUGAACCUCUCUGUUUUUUCUGUGUAUUAGUUCCUUUUUCCAGCAGUAAAUAUGUUUAGAGUGGUCUCUCUGCAUGCCGCUUUACAUAUUGCAGCUCUGUUCUUCACACUGCUCGACCGUUUUCCUGUUGACGUGAACUGAAGAUAGUGGUGUUUGCACCUGGACUAGCCUUUUCCUUAUGUAUGACUUUACAUCCACUUGUCAAAGAGGAUUCUAGAUGAUAUUUAUAGUAUCAAUUAGGAACAUUAAAGGAGCACUCCAAUAACCAUAACCACUACAGCCUGCUGUAAAGCUUAUGGUACUGGGAAUGCCCUGGAGCCCACCCACUAUAAAUAGUCAGAUUGUGAACAGUAUGACAACUUACCAGUCACAGCCUCUUCAGCAGAAUGAGGCUCCUGCUAGGAGCUUCCAUUACAUCCACUGAGCCAAUCCCUGCCAUGUUUAGCUGAACAUACACCACCAGACUUAGUAAGGUGCUGUAGCUUCCAGCUGCAUAAGAGGCUGUGAUCAACAGUGCCUGACGGACACCAGGUAAGUUGUCAGCUUUUUCAUGAACCGUUUGAUUGCUUAUCCUGGGAGAGAGUCAGGCCAUUCCUCAAUCCAAAACCACCACAGUGGGGUCAAAGUAUAAUUUUAUCUACGCCCCAUUCAGGGUGCUAUCAGUUUAAUUGGGGAAAACAUAGCCAUAGCACACAAAUUUAAAGUUGUUUGGAUAUUCUAGUGCUUUAUAUAUUAGAUAAAACAAAAUCUCAUUUUUUUUAUCUUUAUUUCCAUUUACUGUUCUUUAGAUGGACAUCCAAUCAUGGCAGCUGGAAGCCCUGUUGGCCACAUAGGACUGUGGGAUCUCGAAGAAAAAAAGCUGAUGAAUCAAAUGAGAGAUGCUCAUGCAACAGCCAUUGCUGGCCUGACCUUUGUGCAUGGAGAACCUCUACUUGUAACCAACGGAGCUGAUAAUGCUAUUCGGGUAAUAACUUUACACUCUGCAUAUUAUUUAAAUAAUUAAAUUUUCUUUUUGUUGCAUUUGACAUGAAUUGGUUGUAUGUGGCUUAUUUUGCAACACUUUCUGACUGGGGGAAUUGGAGCACUGAGAGUGCCAUAGGGAGAUAGAAACGUGUGUAGACCAAAUCUGAGACACCCCAAGAGAGCAGUACUUUUAGUGUAUAAUAUGCUGUGUGUACAUACACACAUACUACCUGUUGUCCUAGUGAAUUCAAGUAUGAUGUGUUUGAUAUGACUCUGCAGUCAUUGUCAGUUAAUGCUCUGAGCUGCCAGUGACGUGUUCACUGCCAUAGCCUGUCCCACUCACAUAUUCAGUUUCUCAUACACAUACACACACACACAUUGGGUUAAACUUUUUAUUUUGUCCGUUUUACAUACCCUCAAAUUGCUAUAUGCAGGAAGAGAAAGUCCACUUUCACGUUCUGUUUUGUGUAGUGUUCCUCCUUAUCUAUAACUUGUGUUAUCGUGCUGUAUCUGGGUUCCUAAUGUAAGUCAGGUAAGGCAACCAUCGGCACUCCAGAUGUUGUAGACUACAUCUCCCAUAAUGCUCUUACAGCCAUAAUGCUGGCUAAUCAUCAGGGAGUUGUAGUCCAUAACAUUUGGAGCGUUAAAGCUUUGCCUACCCCUGAUGCCAGUUAUCGUGUGUCCUAGAUCGUGGGGAGCAUGCAUUCUCUAUUUUUGUUGGAAGAAAACUGCUUUGUACAUUCCCUUUAGUAACCAUAUAGUUACAUUGUUAUCUUAGAUGUAUUAGUCAUUGAAGGGACUGUUCUGGCUGCAACUCAUUCGCUGCAAUUGGUAAGUUAGGUUGUUGGUGAGUUGCUAAAAAAAAAAAAAUUAUCUUGUUCAGUAAUUCCUCCUUUCCUUCCAUCUUGCUGUGUAUUCUUUGCUUUAAAAAAAUAACGCUAUUCAUUAUUUCUGGGAGGUGCAGAAAGCUUUAGUUUUUUUUAGUUUUUUUUCUUAGUUUGUAUUACUUCCCCAAAUGUAUUUUUAGUUUAUUAUUUUUGCAAAUAAUUCUUAAUGCAUUAUGUAGUGCUUUAAAAAUGGGUCAUAUCCAUUUUGGAUUUAUAUAUUUUAAUUUAUUAUCUGGGGAAUCUCUGAUGAAACAGAAUAGUAGUCUAGAGGAGUAGGUGUAUUUUCUUUGAACCAUAACUGGAUAAUCAAUGAAUCUUUGCCAUGUCCAGGAUGGCCUUAGCUUACAAUGAUCAGUCCUGAUCAGUUCUAUAAUAAUGCUUUAUUUUAUAUUUCAUAGGUUUGGAUAUUUGAUGGCCCUGGGGGACAAGGGCGGCUGCUGCGGUUCCGCCUGGGUCACAGUGCUCCACCAACAUUCAUUAGACACCAUGGCCAAGACGGGAAGCAGAUCCUGAGUGCAGGUAACCGAUUGUGAAGUGUUUUUGCAAUAUUAUUUUCAUUUGAAUGAGAAAAAAUUAUAUUGUCGUUUAUUCGCCAAAAUUGCAAUUUUGGAGAAUUGGCAAAAGUUAGAUCAAAAGAGCCAAGCUGGAAUAAUAAUAAUAUCCUCCUCACACACACACAUCUUAUACCUUGGCCUUAAGUAUCCAAUUCUCUUGUCAAAUCUCCACAUCUGCUGGUUUAGUGAGUGAAUCCCUUUCUGCUUUAUAGGCAAAAGAUCACAUGAGUGUACAGAGGAUUGUUCACAUUGUCCACCAUUGUCAUUGUCUUCAUUUUGCAGGGCAAGACGGCACAUUGCAUUCUUUUUCCACUGUUCAUGACCGUCUCAGUAAGAGCUUGGGGCAUGGUGAGUUAUUAUUGUUUGUAUCCCCAGAUUUUACUCUCAGCUUUGGAGAGAACUCUUUCAUUAAAGGGACUCUAGACAUCAGGACCACUUUAGCUCAAUGAAGUGUUGUGGGUGCCAUUUUUUAUGAAAACAUUUUUAUUUUUUUUAAAAUAUUUUAUUAUUUUUGUCCCCCCCCCUCCCUGCUUGUUACCUGGCCAGGGAGGGGGGGAUAUGUCAAUCCCUGGUGGUCCAGUGGCAUGGAUUGAGCAGUGGGGGGCCCGCAGCGUUUACUUACCUUCCCGGCAGCCCACCCCGCCCUGUUCUAGCCAUUGUAGGGUUAUCCUGUCUAUAGUGGCUGUCAUACCGUUAUAUCACCCAGGGAAGGCUCUAACUUCACUGCUGGAAAAUUAAACUGAAACUGUUUCUCAGAUGUUUGAACAUUAGGCUUUCCUUGAACUAUUACUUGCACUAGCCUUGCGGAUACAGUUUUUUUUUUUCUUUCUACACAAUUACAUUAAUAGUCCAGCAGUAUUUCUAAAACGAUUAGUGAAAGACUGCGUUUAAACCUGCUUAGUGUAUUUGUAGGGUGUGAUUUUCUUAUUGAUUUUUACUUAAUGUAGUGUAAUCAUUAUUAAAGUAGUUAAUUCAGUAAAGCAUUCCAGAUCAUUUAGCAGGUUUUUUUUAUUUUUUAUUGUGCCGUAAUUCUCCCUUGUAACAUGUCACGUGGUUAAUUGUUUCCAGGAUCUAUAAAUAAAGCCAAAGCCAAAAAGAUGGGGCUUCGUUGUCUGUCCCUGAGAUUGCCUCCGAUUGUAUCAUUUGCAUCCGGUAUGUAUAGAAUUCCUGGGUAGGUUUAUUAAAUUCAGAUUUUGUGGUGCUUUUCCUACGUAUAAUUUUUUCUUUAUAUUUAUUUCAUAACUUUUGUAAGGUUCAGUUGAAUAAUUGUUAAUCUGUUGAAAUGACUGACGGCACCCUAGCUUUAGGACAUUUGAUCUGAUCAGUUUAUGUAUUUUCACAGAGUUGGCGCGGCAGAAUGAAUGGGACGGCAUUAUUGCAUGCCAUCAAAAUUACCUUACGUGCACAACCUGGAAUUAUGUCAGGACCACUAUGGGAGCUCACAAGCUGAAGCCACCAGGCCUCAAAAAUAGUACUGCACUUGGAAUCCAUGCAACUGUAAGUGUACUGGGUACUGUCUAAUAGAAUUGUAUAGUUAAUAUACAAGCUGUGUAUAAAACUCCAAAAUGACUGCCAGUUUUAUGGAAGAUCACAUGUGGAUAACAGUAACUCCUGCCAGCAGCUCUAAAUAAAGCUGUAAUUCAGGAACAGCAGAAAGUUAUAUGUAAGAUUUGAGCUUAUAUUUUUAAUGCAUCUAUAUGAUAUACAGUUUGAGUUUCUAUAUAGUUUAAAAUUGUACAUUUUGAGCAGCUAGCUAUUAUUUAAAUGAUCACUAUAGGGUCAGGAACACAAACAUGCAUUCUUGACCCUAUAGCGUUAAAACCACCAUCCAGCCCCACUGGGCACCUCAUGCCUCCAAAAAUAAAUCAAAAUCUUACUGUAUUCAAGCCAGAAGCUGUAAAUCUGCAUGCUGUUUGGCAAAAAAAAAGUCUGCUGACAUAAUCAGAAGUGGUAGCCUGAUCCAAUCACAAUGCUUUCCCAUAUGAUUGGCUGAGGCAGAUCCAGCAUGAUGCAAACACAGCCCUGGCCAAUCAGCAUCUCCUCAUAGAGAUGAAUUAAAUCAUUACAAUUUGUUCAAUGCAAAAAUCAACCAACAUAACUGUAAGCUAAUCCCACAUAUUGCAGCUAGCUUGUGAAAGCUUGGAGUAUGGCAAUAUAUUCUAAUGACCCUCCAUUUUAACCCAUUUUCUUUUUCAUUAUUAUAUUAACUUUUUUUUUUUUUUACACAUUAUUUUCUUAAAGGCACACUGUAAGCACCAAGGACAUUACAUCUUAAUGUAAAUGUUUUGGAGCAGAGUCUCUGUCUCUGCAGCCUCCUAAAUGUGAACAUGGCUGUUUGUGAGAAAUUAGUUUUUACAUUUCUCAGUCAAUAUGCCUCUAGUGGCUGCUAGUCAAUGAGCAAUUAGUCUUUCAAACAGCCGUCGAGGCACCCUCCCAGUAAAGGCUUUCAAUAAGUCUUCAUGUUUCAUGAGUCAAUAAGUCUUCAUGUUUCUCAUAGAAGCAUCUAAUGGGAAUGUACAGCAAUCACUACACCCAGCCAAAUAGGUCUGUAAUGCAACUGACAGACAGAUGAUCUCACUGAGGGAGGAGCAAUUGAAUGGCCACAUUUACCAGAAUUUUUUUUUAAGGGGCACUCCAGACCCCUAUAGUACUUCAGUGUGCUGGCAUGCUUUGUGUGAGCAGUGUGUCCUUUGUCAAUAGAAAUUGAAAAAGUGUGCAGAUUUCAAUAGAAAUGAACCUUGUUUCAUCCCUUGUCUGUCAAUCAGACAACCGGUCCUGUUACUUCCUGGUUGUUUAGCUUAGUUGAACUAAACCCAUGAAGCAGCAAUUGCCCAGAACACCUGUCUUGUAAAGACUUCUCAUUGAGCUGCAUUGGAAAGCAUGUGAUUGGACAGCCACAGAAAGCCUGGGCAGGGUUAGAAGGGGAGGGCUUGCAAAGGCUACAGACAAGAUUUGCAGGUUUUGCAAACUGUUUUCAGAAAUAACUCCUAUGGGAAAAUGCAUAAUUAUCUACUAAAUAGUGGUUUUCAAUGAAUAUGGGCUGUGGAGUGUCCCUUUAUUAUUAUUUAUUCACAGUGCAGGGAGGGCCAUGUAUCCUAAGUAAGGAACACUCCACUCUAAUACUGAAAAUAAAUAUAUUUAAGUUCCAAUAAUCUUUACAUUCGUUAACUUUUCUUUGUACAUUUAUUUUGUCGUGCUCUAUUUACUGAUGCUUGCAAGUUGGUGACACAGCGCCGUUUUAGGGAAGAACCAUUAUAGCUGCAUUAAUAUGUUGCUCACUUUAUGGAAUAAUUCUAAUACUUUCAUAAGGAUAAAAGCAAACAGCAGGCUGCUCACCUCUCUCCUUUUGAUUGGCAGGCUGUUGCAUUGACCAGUUGUGGUAAUUUUGCCUUGGUUGGUCUUUCACGUGGUGAAGUUGAUAUGUAUAAUAUUCAGUCCGGGAUUCACAGAGGGCACUAUGGCAAAGAAAGAGGUAUGCAUUUUUAAACAUCUUAAUUGUCAGGUUUUUUUUGUGUGUGUUUUUAAAUGGUCACUAAGAACUGAAACAUGUGCGUGAUUGCUAAGGUUAGGAUGCACAGAAUAGCCUGCUUCCUUCUUUCUCCCCAGAGUGACUUAUACCUGCAGCAAUGUGUAAAACUGUAAGACAACCACUCGAAAUAGUGACUUCAAAACAGGAAAUAUACUUCCUCCUUUGCUGUCCAACGUGCGCUUGUAGCACUUAGAGUUAAAUGUUAGCGUCUGGAAGCAUUGCUGACUUGGAGAAUGUUUCCAGUUGAUCUAUUUUGACCUUAAAUGUGAAAUUACAUUUGAAAUCACUGAGAAUUCCUGCGAUUCCUAGUUUAGUGAAUAACCCUGGUUUUUUUUGUUUUGUUUUUUUUAACGUGAAAGUGAUCGUGGGAUAAAAGGCAGUUUACUCAAGAAGGAAAGAUAAGUUUUGCUUAAGUGCAACAUACUUAGAAUGAAUUAUUUAAAGGUUUUCAUUAGUGCAUUAAAUUAGCGCUCCUGUCAUACAGGUUUUGGAUCUCCUAAUUUUAGUCUACAUUUGUAAGCUAUUUAAUUUAUAUUACUUUCCCUUUAUUAUCAGAGCUAAAAAUGCCACUAGUUUGUAAAUAAUUAAACAAGAACAUGUAAGAGUAAAUGAUUGCAGCUCCUUUGAGGGGACUUACCCUUUCCCUCCUUUACUGAUAACUUUCUGUUUUAUUCUUUAUUCUGAUUUAACCCGUUGACCCAGAAUAACCAAAUUGAAUUCUUUAUUUUAAUUUUUUUUCACCCUCCCCCCCCACUUCAUGCCCGUGGCUAUAGCACAUGAAGGCUCAGUCAGGGGAGUUGUUGUGGAUGGGAUAAAUCAAAUGACCAUCACCGCUGGCAGUGACAAACUAAUAAAGUUUUGGAAGUUUAAGACAAAAGAACUAAUUCAGACUAUAACCCUCAGCGCCCCACCGACUGGUAUCCUGCUCCACAGAGAAAGGUAAGAAACAGAACAUUACAAUGGCUUUAUCUAACCAGCGGGCAGGUAUUUAAUCUGUUUACCUUCCGAAGAUAAGGUUAUUGCAUUAUUUAGCCAUUUUCAUUCAUUUCAGCGUAUCAUAAAGCGUGCAGUUACGUGGGCAUCCUAUGCUGACCAAUAAUUUACAAAGUUUACCUUUUUAUGUGGUUUUAACCCACUUCAUUUUGAAUGUAAGAUUGGUAAAGCAAUGCUAUUACAAACCGUAGGUGAUGGGGAGAAUUUUCUGACCACCUUAGAAGAAGACAUGGUCCCUGAAAUCACGUUGUAAUGACCCCAAAUUCUACCUUUGUUGCGGUUCUCUGAGGUUUUUCCUGGGUUCUAGGUAUUUGAAAGCUGAUAUCACCGCCGUUUGCUCAUUUAACUUGUUUGUUUCCACAAAUUCAACAGUUUAUCCUUUUCCGUUUCCACAGUGGUAUGCUGGCCGUCGCACUGGAUGAUUUUGGUCUAAAUGUUUUAGAUAUUGAAACAAGAAGAAUUGUAAGAAAGUUUUCUGGCCACAAUGGAAAGAUAAAUGACAUGGUAAUUUUCUUGAUUUUUAAAGUUCCAUGACUGGUAAACCAUUGCACAUACUCUGUUCUUUCACACUGAUGGCUGAACUUAAUAUCUGCAUUUUUACAAAAAAAAUUUUUUUUUACUUUUCCCCCUCACUUUUCUUUUAAAAGACCUUUAGCCCUGAUGGUCGGUGGUUGUUAACCGCAUCAAUGGACUGUACUGUUAAAGUGUGGGACCUUCCAUCUGGAUGGUAAGUUCGCCUGGUAAAUCACGAAACAGGCUUCCUGUCCAUUUACAGCAAUGCGAAAACAAAGUAACUAGAAUCUGAUGCAGUUAGAUUAUGGAGUGAGCAGACAAUUGGUUUAUUGCUACCAUUGAUUACUAGUACUCUAUGGUUCAUUAUAGCAAAAAUAAUAAUUGCCUUUUGUGUUAAAACAAAAUGACAAGCUCCCAUUCUUUUAGUGCCUGAAUGUUGUAUUUUGACAUUUUGUUUAGCAUCGUACCUAUUUUCUUUAAAAAGCCGAGUCACAUUGUGGGACUUUUUAAAGUCACCAUAACUAUUUAUUCUAGCUCACUGUAGUGAUUGUGGUGCUAUGUAAAAUCUUGGGUUAUUUUUAUUUAUUUUUGUGAGACUGAGAGUCCUGGGGCUGUGUUAGCUGUAAUAAUCUGAAGUGGUUAUGGUAGAGUAAUUAUGAUGACAUGGUUAAAGUUGCAUAUCAAUAACAGCUGAAGGGUUUAGGAGGAUUCCUGACACGGGGGCAGAGCACAAAGGUAGUAGUUGCUUACUUUAUGUUUAUAUUCCACAGCCUCAUAGACUGUUUUCUGUUGGAUUCUGCGGUGGUGAGUCUCUCCAUGUCCCCUACAGGAGACUUUCUCUCCACGGCUCAUGUAGAUGACUUGGGAAUUUAUCUCUGGUAAGUGGAACGAUCGUGAAAGGAAGUGGUGUGUGUUCCUGCAGCACUGAUAGUGUUAAAUAUGUGCUGCUGGACACGUAUUCCAAUGAAGGUUUACAUCUUGUAUUGUCUACACUGUGUGAGGCUGGUAUAUGAUAUUGGUAACCUAACAACGAACCAUUUAUACUUUUCAGAAUGUUAAAUAUUGUAUAUGUUUGUUUCAAUUUCAGGUCAAAUAAAUCUUUGUUCUCUAUGAUUUCCUUGCGUCCACUUCCUGCCAACUAUGAGCCUGCUGUAGUUAUGCUCCCUGGUAUGACCGAUGAAGUGGAAGGUAAGCUGUGUGAAAAAUUCUACCUGGGCCAUUAUCAAGACAUUAACCCCUUCACUACCAACCGGUUUGCAGAAAAACCAUCCCCAGAAUCCAAGUAUUUUGGGUGUCCCGGAAGUAAUAUUUAUCUAUUAUUUAUGUAUAUUUCAUUUCAGUAUGCCUAAAUAGUGCAUUGUUGUAUAUGCUGCUUGGGAGUACUUCUUUACCUCUAAUACUUGGCCUUGGGAGUACUUCUUUACCUCUAAUACUUGGCCUUGGGAGUACUUCUUUACCUCUAAUACUUGGCCUUGGGAGUACUUCUUUACCUCUAAUACUUGGCCUUGGGAGUACUUCUUUACCUCUAAUACUAGGACCUGGGAGUACUUCUUUACCUCUAAUACUUGGCCUUGGGAGUACUUCUUUACCUCUAAUACUAGGACCUGGGAGUACUUCUUUACCUCUAAUACUAGGACCUGGGAGUACUUCUUUACCUCUAAUAGAAGAGAUGGUAAUUUGUACAAUUCUGCUGCCUUUAUAUCUAGUAUUUUACAUAUGAUUAUAAUAAAGUUGCAGUUUUCCCACACUUAUGCUGUUGUCACUUGAGUAACUUUAAAACCAUUUUUUUUUUUCUCAAAUAACUUUGAAAGAAGUAACACAAAUUGUAUGCUUUUCAUGUGAUACUAUUAAUCCCUAAAUCAAGAUUUAUUCUUUCUCCACAUCAGAAAUUUCACUUUAUUGAUUUUGACAGAAUAUUUUUAACGUGCAUAAUUUGGUGGGUCCUCCAACUAAUUUAGUUCUUCUUUGAAAUGUUCAUCUCUGCAAUUUUAGAUUUUCCAACACUUUCUUUUUUUUUUUCUUCUAUCGUUAUCUACAAAUGCUGAGUUCCGUGAAUUAUUAGCUCAAAUUAGAGUUCUUCGAGAAUUCCCAGCAGUCUCCCGCUGUGGCCUUUUUUUUGUUUUGUUUUUCUUUUUCUCUUGUUGAUACCUAGAAGAUCACAUUGAUAAAAUCCAUUGGCGUUAUUUUCAUGUAACUCUGCGGAAUAUUUUGUUUACAGAUGAGGACACAACCGCUGACCUGGAAGAAGGUCAAGAUGAUGUAAUGGAGUAUGAGUCUCCCGAACAGCUGGGAGAACGGCUUGUGACAUUAUCACUGUUGCCAGAGUCGAGGUGGAAGAAUCUCUUAAAUCUUGAUGUUAUCAAGGUAUUCAAUCCACCUUAAUAGAAAUGGUCAUGUAGUCUAUCAACAGAAGAAUAGAACGCCUGUAAAUUAGACUAAUUUUAGAGGGGAAAAAACUUGUAAUCACUGUCCAUGUAAAAGAAAACUCUUGCUGUUUGUGCAUUUGAUUUGUAAUCUUGCUUGUUGGUCACUUAAAAUUAUUCAAGGCAUAUUUUCAUUGAAAGCUUGCACAUCAUAGACAUGGGAAAAGUACAUUAAAAUUUAACAUGUACAUUGCUUUUCUUUUUUCACCUUUAGAGACGAAACAAGCCAAAAGAGCCUCCGAAAUUGCCCAAAUCUGCUCCCUUUUUCAUCCCUACUCUACCUGGGCUUGUUCCUCGCUUUGCGGUGAAUGGACAGGAAGAAGCAGCACCGGUACGUGGCCAUCUCUGUAAUUCACAGUUCCUUGUUAUAUAACAGAGGUGACAUAUAGAAAAUAACUAAAAUAUAUAUAUAUAUAUAUAUAUAAAACCACUAGCUGGUUCGUACAGAUUGUUCCAGUUUUAGAACUUUGCCAUAUAUUUAUAUAUGUACAAAAUUCCUAUAUAUAGCUCUAGUUUUAGAACCUUGCCCUUCAUAUAAAACUCGUAGAAUGUUUCUACCGAUUGUUCUAGUUUUAGAACCUUGCCUUUUGUAUAGAACCGGUAUAAUGUUGAUACAGAUCACUCCAACUUUUAGAACCUAACAAUUCAUGUAUUACAAGUCCUAUAUGAAUGAUAAGGUUUUAAAAACUGGAGCAUUGGGUAGGAACUUUCUAUUGGGUAGAAUGUUCCUAUGGAUUGCUCCAGUCUUAGAACCUUGCCCUUUAUGUAAAGAUUCCUUUUUUUUUUUUUUAACAUUGCCCUUUAUAUAUAACUAGGAGAAUGUUCCUAUGGAUUUCUCCAGUCUUACAACCUUGCACUUUAUAUUUAACCGAUUGAAAAUAAAAUGAUGGAUAUUCAGCUCUGAUACUGUAGCCUUUAACCGCUUAAAGGGGUUUCCCAACAUCAUAACUACUAGAGUCCGCUGUAGUAGUAAUGAUGCCAGGCACCAUUCUCCGUUAAAGGUGGGAAACUGUUUUGGAGUUGUUUGCACUCUAACCUGUGUCCUGGCUUGGUGCCAAGCUUCCUGAAUUGUCCAAUUAUGCACAUCUGACUUCUGUAGAGCUAUUUAAUUCAGAUGCCGAUCCCACUAGACCAAAUCUUUAAUCGCUGAGCGUGUCAUUUGGGCUCUCUCAGCCAAUUAAUGACUCUGUGAAUAAAAUUUGCACAGAAUUGACAUUAGCCAGCGCAGAACACUUGUGACGCAGCCAGGGUGGAGUUACAGCAGCAAUAUUAAAUAUCCCUGUAUGUGCAGUGUUUUAUACUGAAAUUCUGUACAAACAAACUCCAAGCACCGUAACUUCCUCAGAUUACUUUAGUGGUGAUGGUGCUUGGAAUAACCCUUUAAGCACCAAGUCUCUAACCUGUCUGUCAUGUUUUGCAUUUUAGUCUAAAAUCGUAAAUCUUGGAGUUCUCGAACAGAAAUCUGCAUUUUACAUCCAGCUGGAAAAAGCUUUUGAAAGUCAAAACUGUAAGUUCAAUUUUAGACUUCUAGUGCCUAUUCUUAACCCAUAAAUAUACAAAAUCAGCCAAUAAAUUGAAGUGAAAUAUGUGUGGGGGAAAAAUAAUUUGGAAUUUGCGUCUUCCAGUUUCCUGAUUUUGGUAUUUCUUCAGCCUUCCUCUAUCAUUGAAAUUACUUAGAAUUUGUCUCCUGAAAUAAUCUUUCUACUUCAGAAUUGUCCAUCACUUAUUUAAACAUUUCACAACUAAUCAUUUGUACAGGUAUUCUGUUAAUCAGCAAACAUCUUUUUAGACAUUUUUAUAUUGAGAAUUAAAACCCUAAAAGUAAAUAAUUCGGGCAUCAAAACAUCCAAUUAAACCUGGUAGUUCAGUACAGUUGUUCACAAAUGCAUUUCAGCGGUUACGAAUGAUUCAAAUUCUUUUUAAUCUACGUCCAAAUAAAUCAAUCAAGGAAUAAGGAAUUGACUUGUUUGUACCAGCUGAAACAAAUGUUUGCUCAAGUCUAGAGUUCAAUCACAGUGUGCCAACAUUUCCUUUUCUGACUAAUAUUUUUAGAUGGCCUGUUUGCUGAAUAUCAGCUUAACAGAUUUACAAAAUGCGCAAGUUUCAUAAAGCCAGAAUGUUGAUAAAUUGACACUGUCAGCUUAAAUCAGCUUAACAGAUUUACAAAAGUUUUUGCAAGUUUCAUAAAGCCAGAAUGUAGAUAAGCUGACACUGUCAAAUGACAUCUGAUUGCUUUCUCCACUCCAGGUGCCUACAUAACUAAUAUAAUGUGUGCAAUCGGUUAUUCCUUAGUUGUUUUGGUUUUGUUCUAAAAAAUUGGUUUUUGUUUCAUUGGCCGCUGUUUGUGACCUUACCUUCCAUUUUGCAAUGUUUCCCUGUUUUUGUGUUUCUUUUUUGUUCCAAAAGUGCAAAAUAAAACUGCAUAAGAUAAAUUUCUGAGCAUGAUUUAUAUAGUGAGCAAACACAUUAAUUUGUGUAGAGUAGGUUAGUACUUGUAAUUAAUACAAGUAAUGCUUUCUGUAAAUUCGCCCUUCUGUGCCUCACACCAAAUGACCAUUCCCACCAAGUGCUGAUCAAAACACAACUUGCAUUUUAUAACGUCUCUCAAUUGAUGCAUAAUUGAGCAUUAGCAUUUCAGUAUAUUUUUGCUUGAAAACAUGUUUUUUGUUUGUUUUUCUUCAGGAUUAUCUGCAAUUUUUAUUCUGUAUAAUAGAAUUUCUAUACACAGAUACUAUUUAUUAUACAUGUAUUUGUAUGUGCUGGUAAUCAAUGUGAUCAUGUAUAAGCAGAAAAAAAAAACAUCUGUCAAAUAAAAAGAUUCCAUUCUGAAUCCUAAGUGCUUUUUUUUUUUAGAGUUAAAACAAAAACUAUUACGCACUCUUAGAACACUGGGAUAAGUAUACAUUUUUAUUUUAUUUUUUUGCUUUUGGUUUUAUUUAUAUUUUACUUGCAUUCGUUGCUAGUUAACCUCUUUAGUGUCUAAUUGCAAAACUAUAAAAUAAUAUGGAGAAACUGUUGGGUAGAAGGACCACAUAUGGUAAGGUGAUAGAAGAAUGGCUUGCAAAUUAAUUUUUCCAAAAUCCUGUGGGGAGAAUAUAUUAACAUUGUGCUGUGUGUAAAUGGACUAUUUUCUUUAUUGCAGACAACAUUCCGAUAGGGACAAUAAAAGAAAUGGGACCGUCAGCUGUGGAUAUAGAGUUAAGAAAUCUGGCCCCAGAGGGUGGAGGAUCUGUAGAGGUGAUGCAGAGCUUCCUAAAAAUGAUUGGAAGCAUGUUGGAUACCAGAAGAGAUUUUGAUCUGGCUCAAGCAUACCUUGCUUUGUUCUUAAAGGUAAAUUAUUAUUACGUAUUUAUUUUCUACUACAGAUGUUGUUUUUUUGUUUAUGCACACAUAUCUAGCCGUAAAUAUGGAAUACAAUUUGGCGUAUAGAUUAAUGUCCUGGUAUAUGCAAAGUUGCAAAAUUGUAAUUGACAUGUUAUACAAAAAUGUUGGGGAUAAAAUGAGAUUGCAUGACCAGGUUUAUAAUAGUCAUGGUUAUUGGCAUACAUACUGAAAAAUGAUACAAAUUUCCACCUCUGUGUGUGCAGAGAUUGAAUGAUGCUUUGUCGUAGUAGUGAGAUCAAGUACAGAUUAAAUAACAUUGCUCAUAGAAACACAGUUUAAAACUUUCUAAGGCUAAUUAAAAUCACUGAUCUCAGCACACAAAUAUGGGCAUUCAGUUUCAUCAUUUGGCAUAUUGUGUUAAGCCCACCACUACAUCACACUACCCCAAUAUCGGUGGGUCUUACACUCAUUUUAAUGGGAUAAACAUUAAAUAAUGCUAGUGUUAAAUGACCUAAAGGGAAUUGAAUUAAUCAGUUGAACGAGCAUUGUGAAUAUAUACAAGGCAAAUUUAAUGGGGUAAAAAAACAAUAUAAAAAAAAUACAUUGUCAAAACUAAACAUUUAGUAAGUUAUAGUGCUUUGAUGUAUACUAUCACAAUGCAGAUUGUAUAUCUGCUAUUUGAUAUGCAUGGUUAGUAUAAACCUCAAAGCACUGUCAGUUUGCUAGUCUUUUUUACAGACUGAUAUAGUUUUAUUAGCACAGGAAAGUGUUUAACCUCCCUGGCGUUAAUCCCUAGCGUGACUCUGGGUUAAUUUUCAGUACCAUGCUCGGGAUUACACUGUAGUAUCACUUACCUUGUCCCAACGAGCACCAAACACUAUCAAUGGCUGUGAAUAUAGCUGGACGUCGUGCUGUUGGCGUUGUUAACCCGGAACGCCUGCCUGGUCGUCACGUCAUGGACUACAUCCCACCAACCAAGAAAAAGUCAGCACCUACAAGGAUGUGUGUGGUUUGUUGCUCGAAGCGAGAUGACAGUUAAAAGAAAAUCAGAAAGGAAACCAGGUUCAUUGUCCUGAUUGUGACGUCGGACUUUGUGCAGUCCCAUGUUUCAGAAUUUUUCAUACCCGUGAUGUUUACUAAACCAAUAUGCACUGUCUAGUAUUACAGUAACUAGUAAUAUUGCACCCUUGCUUGGACAAAUUUCAGUGUUUCUUUUGAUUACAUUUAUUAUAUUUUUUCUAAUUCUAUUAUUUAUGAUUUCGGCUUUCAAACUUUAUCAUCCCGAGAUGUCUACUAGACUCUUGUUUGGACAAAUUUGAGUUAUUCCUAAGCAUUACAAGCCUACAAUAUGAAACAACAAAUUUACAUACAAAACAAUGUACCACUUUAAUAUUCAAAAAUACAGACAUAAUCAGACCACCAGGGAAGUUAAACACAUACAAAUAAUAGUAAUGAAUAGUAGGCGAAUCACUUGUAAAAUGUUAAUUGUUUAAGAUGCAUUCAUCUCAAAUGCAAAGUUAAAGGGAUACUUUAAGCAUCAACACAACUUUAGCUUAACCCCUUAAGGACCGAGGACGGUUCAGGACCGUCAUCGGCAUUUUUGCGUUGCCGACCGAUGACGGUCCUGAACCGUCCUAACGGUCAGAGCUACUUACCUGAUCAGCGUGGCUCCGGUUGUGGGGAGACUGUCUGCAACCCAGACAGUCUCCCCACGGCAGAUUAGGACCCCUGUGGCCAUGUGAUCGCUUAACACAGCGAUCACAUGGUCACAAUAGGUGUCCAUGUGUCUGCCUGCAGGGGGACUGCCUGUGCUGACAGGCAGUCUCCCUGCAUGUGUAAAAUCAGAAAAAAAAUAAAGUUAAUGUUAAUUAAAAAAUAAAUAAUUAAUUAUAUAUGUGUAUAUAUGAUAUAUAGACAUAUAUUAUAUCUAUAUAAUAUAUGUCUAUAUAUCAUAUAUAUAUAUGUCAUACUAAGUGUAUUUUUAUAUUAAUAUGUACUUAUAUUAAUCUAAAAAUACACUUAUAAUUAAAUUACACGCGUAUAUAUAUAAUAUAUAAUUAUAUAUAUUGUAUAUAUAUAUAUAUUAUAAAAUAUAAAUAAUUAAUUUAAAUUAAAUAAUUUUUUUUAAAUAAUAAUAAAAAAUUUAAAAAAAAAUUAUAGCUAUAUGAAAUUUUAUUCUAACUGUAUUUUAAAAUUAAUAUAUAUAUAAUAUUUUUAUUAGUGAUAUUGCAGAAGGUCUUGAUGGUAAGGUAUGUCUUUUUGCUGAUGAUACUAAGAUAUGUAACAGGGUUGAUGUUCCAGGAGGGAUAAGUCAAAUGACAAAUGAUUUAGGUAAACUAGAAAAAUGGUCAGAAUUGUGGCAACUGACAUUUUAAUGUGGAUAAGUGCAAGAUAAUGCAUCUUGGACGUAAAAACCCAAGGGCAGAGUACAGAAUAUUUGAUAUAGUCCUAACCUCAACAUAUGAGGAAAGGGAUUUAGGGGUGAUUUAUUUCUGAUGACUUAAAGGUAGGCAGACAAUGUAAUAGAGCAGCAGGAAAUGCUAGUAGAAUGCUUGGUUGUAUAGGGAGAGGUAUUAGCAGUAGAAAGAGGGAAGUGCUCAUGCCAUUGUACAGAACACUGGUGAGACCUCACUUGGAGUAUUGUACACAGUACUGAGACCGUAUCUUCAGAAGGAUAUUGAUACCUUAGAGAGGGUUCAGAGAAGGGCUACUAAACUGGUUCAUGGAUUGCGGGAUAAAACUUACCAGGAAAGGUUAAAGGAUCUUAACAUGUAUGGCUUGGAGGAAAGACGAGACAGGGGGGAUAUGAUAGAAACAUUUAAAUAUAUAAAGGGAAUCAACACAGUAAAGGAGGAGACUAUAUUUAAAAGAAGAAAAACUACCACAACAAGAGGACGUAGUCUUAAAUUAGAGGGACAAAGGUUUAAAAAUAUCAGGAAGUAUUAGUUUACUGAGAGGGUAGUGGAUGCAUGGAAUAGCCUUCCAGCUGAAGUGGUAGAGGUUAACACAGUAAAGGAAUUUAAGCAUGCAUGGGAUAGGCAUAAGGCUAUCCUAUCAAUAAGAUAAGGCUAGGGACUAAUGAAAGUUUUUAGAAAAUUGGGCAGACUAGAUGGGCCGAAUGGUUCUUAUCUGCCGUCACAUUCUAUGUUUCUAUAUCAAAAUACACUUAGAAUGAAUUUGUAUAUAUAUCUAUGUAUAUAAAAAUAAUAAGAAAUAUACAUACGUCCAUAUACAAAAUUACAUAAAUAAUUAUAUAAAUAUACACGUAGACUUCAGAUAUAUAAAUAUGCAUAUAUAUUUAAAUUCUACGUGCGUAUUUAUGUAAUAUUUUUACAUAAUUCAGUAAUUUUAUUGAUUGCAAUUUGAGGGACCUGCCUGCCAACCCAGGCCGAAAUUCCAGAGAAUUUAAUUUGCUAGCACUAUAUUUUACCCUGUAACGUUCUACGACACCCUAAAACCUGUACAUGGGGGGUACUGUUUUACUCGGGAGACUUCGCUGAACACAGAUAUUAGUGAUUCAAAACAGUAAAACAUAUCACAGCGAUGAUAUUGUCAGUGAAAGUGACUUUUUUUGCAUUUUCACACACAAACAGCACUUUUUACUGAUGAUAUAAUUGUUAUGAUACGUUUUCCAGUUUUUAAACACUAAUAUUUGUGUUCAGCGAUGUCUCCUGAGUAAAACAGUACCCCCCAUGUACAGGUUUUAUAGCAUUUUUGAAAGUUACAAGGUCAAAUAUAUGGGUCAGAUAUUUUUACAUUGAAAAUGGCCAGGUUGGUUACAUUGCCUUUGAGAGCGUAUGGUAGCCCAGGAAUGAGAAUUACCCCCAUGAUGGCAUACCAUUUGCAAAAGAAGACAACCCAGGGUAUUGCAAAUGGGGUAUGUCCAGUCUUUUUUAGUAACCACUUGGUCACAAACACUGGCCAAAAUUAGCGUUCAAUUUAGUUUUUUUACUUUUUCACACACAAACAAAUAUGAAUGCUUACUUUGGCCAGUGUUUUCGACUAAGUGGCUACUAAAAAAGACUGGACAUACCCCAUAUUGAAUACCCUGGGUUGUCUACUUUAAAAAUAUGUACAUGUGGGGUGUUAUUCAGAGAUUUAUGACAGAUAAUAGUGUUACAAUGUCACUAUUGAUAAAUUUUAAAAUGUAUGUUUUGAAACCGCAAUAUCCUACUUGUACCUAUAGCCCUAUAACAUGCAAAAAAAAGCAAAAAAGCACGUAAACACUAGGUAUUUUUAAACUCAGGACAAAAUUUUGAAUCUAUUUAGUAGUUUUUUUCAUUCGCUUUUGUAGAUGAGUAAAAGAUUUUUCAAGUAAAAGUCAAAAAACAUGUAUUUUUUUCAAUUUUUCAUCAUAUUUUUUUAUUUUUUAAAAAUUAAAAUACAUGAGAUUAUAUAAAUAAUGGUAUGUAAAGAAAGCCCCCUUUGUCCUGAAAAAAACAAUAUAUAAUUUGUAUGGGAACAGUAAAUGAGAAAGCGGAAAAUUACAGCCAAACACAAACACCACAAAAGUGUAAAAAUAUGCCUGGUCGCAAAUGUACAACAUCGCAAAAACAGUCCAGUCCUUAAGGGGUUAAUGAAGCAGUUUUUGUGUAUAAAUAAUGCCACUGUGGUCUCACUGGUCAGAUAUCUGCCAUUUAGGAGUUAAAUCAAUUUUGUUUCUGUUUGUGCAGCCCUAGCUGCUCCUCACCUGUCUGUGACUUACACAGCCUGCAUGAAAAAAAUGGUAUCACUUUUAAUCAGAUGGUAACUUGCUUUAGACAUUUUUCUAAUGCUAUUUUUUUUAUCCUAUAUUACACAGGAGGCUCCUGCAAGGUGUUAGAAGGCUAUUAACAGGGCAGGAGAUAAUACAUUCUAAAUUAAACCUGAUUUGCAAUAAAGGAAAUGUAAAUAUUUGAUCUCUCUUUACAGGAAGUGUUUAGGAAGACUUUGCUUAUACAGCCCUAGCCAGACCUCCCAUGUCACUCACAGACAGGGGAGAUGUGGUUAUGGCUGUAGAAAGUCAGCAAUAAAUGGCAAAGAAUUGAGCAGUGAGACUGCAGGAGCCUGAUCUAUACAGCUAAGUUGCUUAUACUGUCCCUUUAACCACUAGAAUAAACCAGGAGACAAUUGUUUUAAAUAUACACACAGUGUAUUGAUUUCCAUAUAUUAAUACCUCUUCCUUGCCUUCCAGCUGCAUCUGAGGUUUAUUGCUUCUGAACCAAAGCUACUUGAAGAAAUCUCCUCUUUGUCAGGACGUCUUGAUGAAUCCUGGCUUCAUCUGCAAUCCCUUUUUAAUCAGAGCUUGUGUGUGUUAAAUUAUAUGAAAAGUGCUUUAUUAUAAAACCUUUCCAUUUCAUUUUCUGCAACAUUUUUUUUUUCUCCUGUACUUGGUUUACCAUACAGACAGUCUUCUUAAUCAGUGUUGUUUGAGUCCCUUCUUGACAAACUGAAGAUCCACUUGUAUUUGCUGCACACACAAAUAUUGAAAUUGCCAUGUACAGGGAAUCAUGGGACAUCUCAAAUUUGUAUUGAUUCCCAGUCUGUGCCAGAAUAGCUUCAUGUUUCUUAACUAGAAGUUUAAAAAAAAAAAAAAAAAGCUAUUUGAAUGUUUCAUUAUUUUAGAAGUGGUCAUUUCUCUACAAAUUCUGUCUAAUUUCCUUUUAUCAUAAAAUCAGACCAUGUCCUCUCAUUAUACCAUUCCAUUCCAUACGUGGUAUUAUAUUAUCCAUUGAGCUUGGAUGUUAAUAAACCAUGUGUCUAGCAAUACAGAUGUUCUAUCCGAUCGUUUGAUGGAUGUUGAAAACAUCAAUGUUUGGAUUCAGAUUCUUGAAUCAAUAUUUGAUUCUCUGUACAGAGACCAGAUGUGGAAUCAGAUUAAAAAUGUAAAAAAGCAACAUUUUCAUAAAUUGUUUAUGUAUAUAAUAUACAUUUUUUGUAUGCUUUAAGAAUUUACCAAGUUAGAUUUCAUAAUACAGUUUUGAGAAUGUUUAACACACAUUGUGUCGUGUCCGUUCAUAAAAUCUUCCUCUAUUUUUAUUUAUUUUAUUUCCAUUGUUUUGUUUUGAUGUUGAUAAUUGACAGGGG